CAUGCAAUCCAAUUCCUUUUCAUACAGUACUUGUCCUUACUAAUUUUAACCAAGUAACAUAAUUAAACCAUUAUACAGAUUUUGCCAUGAAUCCACAAGUGUAUUACUCUAACUACAACCCUUACUAUCCUUAAGUUUCAACCUAUAUGGUAAUCACUUAUUGUUAUCAAUGUUUAGGCGCCUUAACCAUAUCUAUAGAAUGAAUCUUAUCCUCUGAAUUACUUUUAAUAAUAAAACUAAAUCAACUGGAGUACAGAACAAACUUAGAUGAAAUUGCCUUAAAUCACAAUUUCUCCUUACAUUAAAUAGGAAGACAAUUUCAUUAAUUAAAAUGAUAUUCCUUCUCUAAAUCUCUGUGAGAAGAAGAAUGAAGAGGAUAAUUCAGACAAACUCUUGUAGAAAGUAGAGACAGUGAGACAGGUUAAAAAAUCCAAUAGUUAGAUAAUUCAAAACCGUAGAGGUAAUCUUAUAUUCUAAUUUUAGGACAUUGGACAAACGAAGAACAUUAUAAAUAUUUAAAAUUUGUUCGAUAACAUAAAGAAUUAUUCUAAACAAGUGUCUAAAAAAAGCUGAAUAGAGUUUUUAAAAUGAUGUCAAUUGAAAUACCGACUCGUACUGCUUGUUAGUGUCGUUCUCAUUACUCGAAAUUUAACCCAUUAGAUCAUAUUGUAAGAAUCCCUGAACCAUAUUUAGGGUAAAGUAAGAAGAAAAUUAGUCAAUGAUGAACAGGUUUAUGAGCGUAUGUUCAACAAUACUUAACAAAAUGACUGAG